CAGCUACCUAGCGAUCAGCUGAUGCUGUGCUAGCUUCACUCACCAGGAACUGUCCCUGACUGUUGAACAUAAACAUCGAUUCUUUUAGCAGUGAUUGAAGAGACAUGUCUUCGCAUUCGCUACUGUUUUGACUUGAAUCGUUGCAGCCUUCCAAAAGUGACCUGCUCCACUCCUGGGUAUCGGAUCUAUAGCCACCAUAGCAACAGCGUUGCCUCCAUGAGACCCUGAACCGGGUUCCUCUCCCCCAGGCGGGGUUGAUCAUCUGACCGGGCUGCGGUCCCUCGGCGCCAUGGAGGAGACGAACCGCGAGGCGGAGGCCACGGCGGUGCAGCGCGUGGCCGGGAUGCUGCAGCGGUCGGACCAGCUGGACAAGGUGGAGCAGUACCGACGCAGAGAGGCCCGCAAGAAGGCCUCCGUGGAGGCCCGGCUGAAGGCGGCCAUCCAGUCCCAGCUGGACGGCGUGCGCACCGGGCUCACCCAGCUUCACAACGCCCUGGUGGACGUCAAAGACAUCCAGGGCUCGCUGGCCGACGUCAGCCAGGACUGGAGGCAGAGCAUCAACACCAUCGAGAGCCUGAAGGACGUGAAGGACGCCGUGGUGCAGCACAGCCAGCUGGCGUCCGCCGUGGAGAACCUCAAGAACAUCUUCUCUGUACCUGAGAUAGUGGAGGAGACCAAGCAUCUGAUCGAGCAGGCAGAGCUACUGAAGGCCCACCGCAAGCUGAUGGACCUGGAGUUCUCCCGCGACGACCUGAUGUACGAGCAGUACCGCAUGGACAGCAAGAACACCAGCGACAUGAGCCUCAUCCGCAUCUACUUCGAAGACGUGCAGUCCCUCUCUGACGAGCUGGCCAAGCAGCUGUGGAUGGUCCUCCAGCGCUCCAUGGGCACGGUGCGCCGGGACCCCACCAUGCUGGUGUCGGUGGUCCGCAUCAUCGAGCGCGAGGAGAAGAUCGACCGGCGCAUGACGGACCGCAACAAGCAGACGGGCUUCAUCCCCCCGGGGCGUCCCAAGCAGUGGAAGGAGAACAUGUUCAAGGUGUUGGAGAGCACGGUGAGCACGCGCAUCGAGGGCACCCAGUCGGAGACGCGCGAGUCGGACAAGAUGUGGCUGGUCCGGCUGCUGGAGCUGACCCGCAAGUACGUCCUGGACGACCUCAUCGUGGUGCAGAACCUCAUGACCCAGUGCUUCCCGCCGCACUACAACACCUUCCACAGGUUCUUCUGCCUCUACCACCGGGGGGUGUCUGCUCGUGUCCAGGAGCUGGCGUCUGAGGACCUGGAGGCCAAUGAGAUCGUCUCGCUGCUGACCUGGGUGCUGAACACCUAUAAGAGCGAGGACAUGAUGGGCCACCCCGACCUGCGCUCAGAGUGUGACGUGAACCACCUGGAGCCGCUGCUGCCUCAGGACGUGGUCGACGAGCUGCUCAGCAAAUACGUGCAGACCUUCACCUCUAAUAUAACUGGCUGGCUGCGCAAGGCUCUGGAAACGGACAAGAAGGACUGGCAGAAGGACACGGAACCAGAGGCAGACCAAGACGGAUACUACCAGACCACCCUGCCUGCCAUCGUCUUCCAGAUGUUUGAGCAGAACCUGCAGGUGGCAGCCCAGAUCAACGAAGGCUUCAAAGAGCAGGUCCUGAAGCUGUGCCUCAAACAGAUGAACACCUUCCUCAUCAGGUAUAAAGAGGAGGCCAUUGCCUACAAGGAGGAUCACCUGCGAGACAGACAGCUGCCUCAGUGCUACAUCCAGUACAUGAUCGCCAUCAUCAACAACUGCCAGACGUUCAAAGAGUCCAUCAACAGUCUGAAGAGGAAGUACUCCCAGUCCUCUGAGCCCACCGCUAGCGACGCUAACAUAGAGAAGACCCUGAACGAGGUGGCCAAAGAAGGUUGCCAGUUCCUAUUGGACGAGGUGUUCCUAGAUCUGGAGCUCCACCUCAACGAGCUGCUGACCAGGAAGUGGCUGCUGGGCUCCCACGCGGUCGACACCAUCUGCGUGACCGUGGAGGACUACUUCAACGACUUCAACAAGAUCAAGAAACCCUUCAACCUGGAGAUGAGCGGCGAGGCCCACCGCAGGGUGGUGGUGGAGUACAUCAAGGCGGUGAUGCAGAAGAGGAUCACCUUCAGGAACGCCGAGGAGCGACGUGAAGGGGCCGACCGCAUGAUGAAGGAGGCGGAGCAGUUCAAGUUCCUCUUCAGGAAGCUCACCGCGGGAGAGGACACGGACCGGCUGUGUGACUCCAUCGCUGCCAUCGCCGAGGUCUUCAAGCUGACGGACCCCACGCUGCUCUACCUGGAGGUCUCUACGCUGGUGUCCAAGUACCCCGACAUCAGGGAGGAGCACAUCGUGGCCCUGCUGGCGGUGCGGGGCGAUGCCACCAGGGACAUGCGUCAGACGAUCAUCGAGACCCUGAGCCAGAGCAAGCCGGCCUACAUGGGCAUCAUGCAGCCCAUCUUCAAAGACAUCACCGUGCCCUCCAUGACCAUGACCUCCAUGACCUCCAUGGCUACGGCCAAGCUGCUCAAAUGAGCCCCCCCCCCCCCCCCCCCCCCGACACCACUGUCAUCAGGACCCCCCUCGGUCAACGCUCUGAGUCCUGUGUGGGAACACCUCCAGCCUGUUGAACCACCCCCGGUCCAGAUCCCAGGGUGGGACUGGGGUCUUAUCAAAUGGGUGGGGGGGAAGAUGGAUCCAGUGGAAUAGACUUUGCCAAAUGCUGACGUAGAUUCACAUUUCCUUGUUUUCGUGUGUUUGCUUCUGCUUUUGUAUGAAUUUAUCGAUUACAACAUUGUUAAAGAAGCCUCUUUACCAGAGGCCACAGAAGACCGGGAAGCAGCCAAAGGACUACUGUGUACAGCGCGACAGGAGUCUUAUCAGCUCUAAUAGAUCAUCCAGUGGCCGAUGCCUCGCGGUAAUGCCUUACCCCUGAGACACAACUGGCUCCAGGCACUAACAUUCCCUUCCCAGGCAGGAAUGCUUUUCCAAUGCUGUUAAAACACACGUGGAGAAACGAUUUUAUCUUUAAACAGAAGCUGU